UCUUCCGGCGCACUACUUCAGUUAGAUCUCUAUUUGACAUAACCCCAACACACAUGUGACUCCGGUUCCGGUUUCACCAUUUCAUUCAUUAAACAAUGGGAUAUUCCUGUUUCGUUACCAUGAGAGAGACGUAGACACAUUAUUUUUUGUUUCUAUGAUUCUUAUCAGCAACACUUUAUUUGCUCAAUAACUGAAGACAAUUAUUAUUGAAAAUGACUGAUUCUGUAGAAGUGGCUGUCACCUCUGAAUCUAGCGGCCAGUUAUGUUCGGUCAGUGUUUGGGAUACGCAAACUGGUUCACAACUCAUGACAUACAAGGGCGGUGGUGUGUGUGCGAGCCACUCUCUCUCACUCGUGGGCUCAGAUUAUAUUGUUGCUGCUGAGCUGUCAAAGCCUUUAAUGCACGUAUGGCCUAUCAACAGUACAGAGCCUACUCAAGCAUUACGAGCCGUUUGCAAUGGUAUUAUUAGUGCUUUAGCUGCAAGUCCGGAUGGUCGAUACAUUGUCGCGGGCAUUGCAGAGAAGAUUCAUUUAUGGCAGGUUGAAGCUAGCCGUCUUAUGUGUGUAGCUGCCCGCCACUUUCAGAGAGUGACCUGCAUUCGUUUUAUGGGAGAUGGUGUUCACUUUGUCAGUGGAGGUGAAGAUGGAGUUGUAGCUGUAUGGCGCAUAUCUGAUCUUGUUUCCCAAGAAGGUGCACGGUUGGAGACUGUUCAUAGCUUUUCUGAUCAUUUCUUAGCUGUGAAGGAUAUUUAUGUUAACCAUGGAAAAUAUCCUCGUAUUACAUCCGUUUCUAUGGAUGGAUCGUGCAGAGUGUAUGAUUUUGCCUCUGGAAAAUUACUUUUAUCCCUGAUUGUUGAUGCCUGUAAUCUCACAUCUAUAUGUGCAGAUGUUUUGGAUUCUUCAUUAUUCUUGGGGUGUAACUCUGGUGACAUUUUAAAUGUCUGUCUAAAGGAGAGCCCAAGACAACUCGAACAUCACUUGACUGAAAAAGAAAAAGAAUGUGUUUUUAAAGGGCACUCCAAAGCUGUGACAGCAUUGUCUGCAUCUGAAGAUACAGUCACAUUACUCUCUGGAUCUAUGGAUGAAACCGCCAGGCUGUGGCAUAUUGAAAGCAAACAAUGCUUGCGCAUUAUUCAGCACAAAGGACCUGUUCUUAAUGCCUUCAUUACCUUCUGUCCCCUUAAUAUGAUUGCUGAGAAACUUGAACCCAACAUUGUAAUGCGCCGUCUGCCUAGGGUGAAUGAUGGAACAGAGAGCUUAGGAUUUAAAUUUAAGUCCAUAACCAGAAUGGAACAUACCAUUGAGGCUUCAUUUGACAGAUAUAUAGACUUCUACGAUAACAAAUCUGUUAUUUCUAGCGAAGAAUUAAUUAACAAAUCUCAAGAAAUAGAAGAUUUGAGAAGGAAAAAUGCAGAGUUGUUUAAAAUUGCUACAGAGAAAGUUUUAAAUAACACUUCAGAAAAGAGCACUCCUAAUGUUGUACCUAGUCUUAUAAAUAUUGAAUUAGCUUUAAAACAUGUAGAAGAUAAGUCUUUGGCAGAAAUUCAGCCAGCAGCGUAUGAAUGUCCUAAAAAUAUGAAGAAAAAGAAGAAAUCUGCUUAGAUUUGUCAGUUAAACCUUUCGUUGAUUUUUCUUUGCCCUUUUGUUUACUUUUGGAAUUGAAUUUUAAUUCCCAAUUUCAUAUUUUUCUACACUUUGUUUCUCUUUUAUUUUGCUUGUAUAUCUGUUCUUUUCUCCGAUUUAUAUUGUCUUUGACUUCUUGUUGGAACUGUCAUGCAACCUUUGUGUUUUGAAUAUAAAUCUUCAUGCUCUUAUGGCGAAGUGACAGUGGAAUGUAGGAAUGUAAGCUGGAACUGCCUCCUCGCAGGCUCUGUUCUUUCAGCACAGUACAUUUUAUCUUAAAUGGGAAAUGUCAUUGUUUAUGUUUUACUUUGAUAAAAAUGAUUAAAAUAUCAUUUUCGUA